AUGCUUCGGUUAAGACCACGAACUGCCGGUCUACGGACUUGCCUCCGGGCAUAUUCCACACCGUCGUCUCCUCAUGCUCUAGUUUUACUUGAGCAUAGGAAUGGUGUUAUAGACGCUGGUUCUUUGUCCGCCUUAACCGCGGCGGAACAACUCGGUGGACAGGUCACUGGGCUUAUUGUGGGUGCACCAGAGCACGUUUCGGGCGUGAUAGAAAAGGCCAAAAAACUGAAGGGCGUCACUGCCCUCCUCCACUCGACUGCGGCCCAAUACUCUGAGCCAGUUGCUGAGAUUGUAUCGCCUUUGCUGGAGAAGCUUCUUUCGGACUCAUCUGCUUUCACACACGUUGUCUCUGCCCAUACUUCCUCCGCCAAGUCUCUGUUACCCCGUGUUGCUGCGCGUCUCGAUCUGCCUGCCGUGUCAGAUAUCGUCUCUCUUGAACACGACUCAGCGGCAAACGCGACCACCUUCACACGGCCAAUCUAUGCUGGAAACGCCAUUGCUACUGUCCGCGCUCCAUCAUCCAUUCGCAUUAAAUUCUUCACCGUCCGUUCUACUGCCUUUCCAGCUGCUGGUGCUUCGGACAACGCAGUUGAGGACAAAGCAAUUGAACCAGUCGACGUUUCGGAUCCUCCUACUCAACACAUCCAGACUAUUCUCACAAAGUCUGAUCGCCCAGACCUUGGUGUAGCCUCCCGUGUCGUUUCUGGUGGUCGUGCACUUAAAAAUGCCGAAACGUUCGAGAAAACGCUCUACCCUCUAGCAGAUGUCCUUGGUGCUGCGGUUGGCGCUUCACGGGCGGCAGUAGAUGCUGGCUACGCGGACAAUUCACUACAGGUUGGUCAAACAGGAAAGGUUGUCGCCCCUCAGUUGUACAUGGCGUUUGGGAUUUCAGGAGCGAUCCAGCAUCUUGCUGGAAUGAAGGACUCUAAGCUCAUCGUUGCCGUCAACAAAGACCCCGAUGCCCCCAUCUUCCAAGUGGCAGACGUGGGCUUGGUUGCAGACUUGUUUGACGUCGUUCCUGAACUGAUCACCAAACUCAAAGACCAGUAA